AUGGGUCUUUCGGAAUACUGGCAACACAAAGCCGACUGCAAGCGCAAGCAGUCGGAUCGCGCUUCUAAGAUCGCGACACUUCCCACACCAUACCUAUACCCUCUGUCCUCACAAGAACGCUCCAUCCUCGGCAAACCCAUUCAGGAGCUCGUCCAAGAUGUCCACAAGCAAAUCACCAGUCCCGUCGAUAUCCUGCGCACAUACGGCAAAGUCGCGAUAAAGGCACAGGAGAAGACGAAUUGCGUGACGGAGAUACUCUUCCCCGAAGCCGAGGAGUGGGCAGAGAAGGAGGUGAAUCUCAAAGGACCACUUGCCGGCAUUCCUGUCUCGUUGAAGGACUCAAUACAAGUCAAGGGCUUCGAUAUCUCGGUCGGCUAUUCGAGGAACGUUGGGAAACCUGCUACAGAAGAUGGAGUCAUGGUGAAGAUAUUGAAGGAUGCUGGCGCCGUGCCUUUCGUCAAGACCAACCUGCCUACCACGCUUCUUUCGUUCGAAUCCACAAAUGACGUCUGGGGCCAAUGCAAGAACCCACACAACGACAAAUACUCGCCAGGCGGCUCGACAGGCGGAGAAUCCGCAUUGCUGGCGUUUGGUGGUAGUCGCAUUGGCAUCGGUUCAGAUGUCGCUGGCUCAGUCCGCGCCCCUGCCCACUUCUCCGGCUGCUACUCGAUACGAUGUUCGACGGGACGAUGGCCAAAAGUGGGCAUGAACACAAGUAUGGCGGGUCAGGAAGCUAUACCCUCCGUCUUCAGCCCCAUGGCACGAACACUAAACGACUUGACGUACUUUACACGCAGCUUCAUCCAGAUGAAGCCUUGGAAAUACGACUACACUGUCCAUCCACUGGAGUGGAGGGAACACAUCGAGACAGAGUUCAAGGAGAAGAAGAAGCUGCGCAUAGGCGUGAUGCGAACUGAUCACGUCGCCGACCCUUCACCAGCAUGCGCGCGUGCUCUAGACCAGACAGCCAAAGCACUCGCAGCGGAAGGCCAUGAAGUCUUUGAUGUUGAGCCACCGUCACCAUAUGAGGCAUUGCAACUGGCAUCCCAACUCCUCCUCAGUGAUGGCGGCAACACGUUCAUGAGCCAUUUCCGCACUGGAGAGUGGAAUGAUCUUGGUGCGGCGCAGUUAGUCUACUAUAUGCGCCUCCCUCGCUUCAUCAAGUACAUGCACUACCUGUACGUGAAAUACGUCAAGGGCGAUGAUAUUUGGGCUGGCCUGCUACGUGACUGGCAUCCAAAAUCCGCACACGAGUACUGGCAGCUCGCCGGCAAGCGCGAGGCGUUCAAGGCAAACUUCUACAAGUGGUGGUCUGAGGAGGCUGACAUGGAUGUUAUGCUCACCCCACCUAACGCGACGCCUGCCGUGCCUCAUGGUGGUAUGCAUGAUGCAGUCAGUAGCUGUGGUUACACUUUCAUGUUCAACCUGCUCGAUUAUUCUUCUGGAAUCAUCCCCGUGACACAUGUCGAUCCUGUCAAAGACGCCUUGCCAUCAGAUUUCAGCUUCAAGAAGCUAAAUGGUGUCGCACAAGGCGCGUACAAGCACUACGACGCGCAGAAGAUGGCCGGCCUGCCCGUGGCUGUGCAGGUUGUAGGAAGGCGGCUCGAAGAGGAGAAGGUGCUGGCUGUCAUGGAGAGGGUGGAAGAUGCACUAGAUAAGCAUGGCGGACGAUACCAAUUGCUCGAAGUAGAUUGA